UUGAAGUUUUCUCAAGUUCGAUUCGUACGGCAUUUUUAUACUCGAAAAUUGUCAUAAAUUCUCUUAUUUUAUCAUGCCUACAGUUAUCGGUUUUGAAGGCAGUGCAAAUAAGCUUGGUAUUGGAAUAGUAAGAGAUGGAGUUGUGCUUUCCAACCCUAGAUGUACCUACAUUACUCCCCCAGGACAAGGAUUUAUGCCCAGUGAUACUGCGAAACACCACAGGGAAAAUAUCCUGGAUAUUCUAAGAAAGUCAUUAGAAGAAGCAAAUAUUGAGCCAAAAGAUAUUGACUGUGUUUGUUAUACAAAAGGUCCUGGAAUGGGAGCCCCUCUUGUUUCUGUUGCCGUAGUUGCAAGAACAGUAGCUCAGCUAUGGAGCAAACCAAUAAUAGGCAUCAAUCACUGUAUUGGACACAUUGAGAUGGGACGUCUUAUAACAGGUGCAGAUAACCCUACAGUAUUGUACGUAAGCGGAGGCAAUACCCAAGUUAUUGCUUAUCUGCAGAAAAGAUACAGAAUCUUUGGAGAGACAAUAGAUAUUGCUGUUGGUAAUUGCUUAGACAGAUUUGCCAGGGUUCUUAAGCUGUCAAAUGAUCCAAGUCCUGGAUACAAUAUUGAACAAAUGGCUAAAAGAGGUAAAAAACUGAUUGAGCUCCCAUACACAGUAAAAGGAAUGGAUGUAUCUUUCUCGGGAAUUCUAUCAUACAUUGAGAGUAUGGCACCAGGUCUAAUAGAAUCCGGUGAAUGUACACCAGAGGACCUAUGCUUCUCAUUACAGGAAACAGUCUUUGCAAUGCUGGUGGAAACAACAGAAAGGGCAAUGGCACACUGUGGGUCCAAUGAAGUGUUGAUAGUAGGAGGUGUUGGAUGUAACAAGAGAUUACAGGAGAUGAUGGGUAUAAUGGCAGAGGAAAGGGGAGCAAAAUUGUACGCUACUGAUAUGAGGUUUUGUAUCGAUAAUGGCGCUAUGAUCGCACAAGCAGGAUGGGAGAUGUUUCAAUCCGGACAGACCACUCCUCUUGAAAAAACAACUUGUACUCAAAGGUUUAGAACAGAUGAAGUCGAGGUGACAUGGAGAAGUUGAAUGUAAUGGUUGAAUAUAAUGUCAGAAAUAUUUAAUCAUUGCUUUUGCCUGCUUGUCUGGAAUGUCGAGAGAAAUCUGCUCGUUUACCAAAUAGAGCUUUUGUCAUUUUGGUUGUUCGUUGCUCCAUUCUCUUCUUUCUUUCCUUCCUUCCUUCCUUCCUUCCUUCCUUCUUAAUUUUCGCAAUUGCAACAAAAAUUUGAUUAAAACUACUAAAUUAGUGUACUAAUUUCGCAAAAUCUUUUAUUCGCGCGUAUUAAGCUCUAAAUUUAGCGAUAUUUUUUAGAAAUCGCGAAAAUUAGUAAGAAUAAGGAAUCGAUAUUCAGAAUUUGGUCACUUAAAACAAGAAUUUUUUAAAAUUUCAAUGAAGAUUUUAAAUAAAUUGAAAAUUCAAAUGUCCAACUGGUAAUCCAGCUGACUCGAAUAAUUGGCAUUUGGUUUUCACGUGACCAUCAAAAAGCUAAAAUCCAAAGUAAUCACCCCACAGAACUGUUUGUCGAAUAUUUCGUUCAUAGCAUUAUAAGACAAGCUUACCGAAAAAAUUUUGUAUUAUCGAUGUUUGAUUUUAGAUUUAUUGGGAGUCCAAUUCUGUAACGCAAUCGCAAUUCUGUCACGCAUUUUCAAAGCAUUAGAAAAGGGAAAAUUUGAAUGAAAUAAUACGUUUUUAACUUA